GGAGCCAGCGCAUCUUCUCACCUGGACGCUUGGGUCGAAGGAGGGAGAGCGGCGCCCAAAGGUGACGGUAAGCCGGGCCGACAGGACGCGGACCCCGCGUUCCUUUCUCUUCGUGGUGGUUCGGACGCUCGUGGCAUGUAUGAGAAGUUAACCAUGCUGAACCUGCAGAGCGGCUCGAACUGGAGCGGGCCGAACGACUGGUACCACGACCCCCCCGGCGCCCAGACAGGUGAGGGCAGACGGACGGCGCUGUCCGAGGGCUGCCUGCUGGACGCGGAGGGCAGCAUGGGGGGGGAGGCGGCGGGAGGGGGGACGGGCGGAGGGGGCGGAGUCCCCGUGGAGAGGGACGACGGCGAGGAGUCUCAGCUGAGGCUGCAGCUCAAGAGGAAGCUGCAGAGGAACCGGACCAGCUUCACGCAGGAGCAGAUCGAGGCUCUGGAGAAAGAGUUUGAAAGGACACAUUACCCAGAUGUCUUUGCGAGGGAGAGAUUGGCAAACAAGAUUGAUUUACCGGAGGCCCGGAUACAGGUGUGGUUCUCAAACCGAAGAGCCAAAUGGAGGAGGGAAGAAAAGCUUCGCAAUCAAAGGAGGUCAGCGGGUGUGACUUCCUGUUCUCAGAGCCAAGCCCCUCUGACCACUUCCUUCAACACGUCCGUCUACCAUCAGCAGCACGGCAGCAGUUCAGGGUCCAUGUUGAGUCAGGCGGAGUCGUCCCUGCCCAGCUACAGCUCCCUGUCAGUGUUCUCCUCUGGAGUCCAGUCUAUUCCUCCCCAGUCGGCCUCCUCCUACUCCUGCAUGUUACCUCCAUCCCCCUCUGCCCCGCGCAGCUUUGACUCCUCGUCGUACUCCUCCCCUCAUCUGCAGACUCCGUCCUCGGCCAACUCCAACACCGGGCUCAUAUCGCCCGGCGUUUCAGUGCCGGUCCAGGUUCCAGGAGCUGAGCAGCAGAACACGAGUCAUAACCUGGGUCAGUACUGGGCCAGAUUACAGUGAACAACAGACAAUGGCCGCCAACAAAAGAAGGAAAAAGAGGGGCACGUAACAAAAAGGUGUCAAGAAAACAAAAUGGGGCGACGCAGGACUGAGCGAGAGAGAGAGAGACGAGCUGCAGACCCCAAACGCAUUACAUGUUUACAAAUCCAGACGAGAGCCGCUUUGGUUGCACUUGACGGUACUCUGGUCAUACUGGUAUUUGCUUAGUAUUAUCAGGUUGCACACUUCUGUUAGGAUAGUGUAUUAAUCAUCAGGAUUAGAAAUAGGAUUAGCUCGAGGUGUGUUUAGGAUUAAAAUAGAGCCAGGAUUAGUAAAAGGCUUACAUUGGGGGUUAGGUUACAUGUAACGGUGUGUUUUAUCACCAGAUAGUUGAGGAUUAGCAUUGGACUCCUUCAAGGUUUUAUCAUUAUUUACAUUUUACCAA